GAUAUAUGUACACUGACCCUUGAAAAACAUGAGAUAGAUUCCAUGUAUGAGCUGUUCCAGUAGAAGGCAAAACUGAACCCUGUUCAGUGAGAAGACUGGGCUCUCUGAGAGUUUAAACAACUUACAGAACUUUUAAUUGGCUAUGCUUGGUGCAAGUCUAACGGGACCAUUGUAAUGAUUGCUAAGAACCUCAGUGCCCCUUUUAACUGUCAGAAUGACUAUGACGACAAACCUGUCUGCUCUACCAGAGUUGGGUGUUUUGCCUCGAAAGUAAAACAUCCUGAUGGGCGAUUAGAGCAGAGGAAAGGCUGCAUUGCUGAAAACGCCUUCAGCUAUUGUAUUAAGCCCUUGAAUCUGUCCACAGCUGUUGUGCAGUGCUGCGAGUUCAACAUGUGCAACGUCAACCUCAACCCAAUGUUGAUCAAAGCAGAGAUACCAGAGGUGAAGAAGGAGUUGUCCCCGAAGGCCACCCUGGCUCUGGUCAUCGUCAUCCCUAUCAUAGUCGUGUGUAUCAUCACACCGCUCCUCAUCCUCUACUUUCGCUACAAGCAUCGGCAGAGGAUGGAAGAGCUGUCGGCACGGGAGUCCUGCCUCCUGGACCGCGAUGAACUGCGCGUGACACAAGUCAGCGACAGUAGUCUCAAGGAACUGUUUGAUGAGUCUUGUACAUCAGGCAGUGGGUCAGGACUUCCGUUUCUGGUACAGCGGACCGUGGCACGACAGGUCACCCUGUUAGAGUGUAUAGGCAAAGGGCGAUACGGGGAAGUGUGGAGGGGACGUUACCACGACGAGAAUGUGGCUGUGAAGAUUUUUUCUUCUCGUGAUGAGCAGAGCUGGGCAAGAGAGACGGAGAUUUACAACACAGUUCUGUUGAGACACGACAACAUCCUGGGUUACAUGGCGUCAGACAUGACCAGCCGUAACUCAUGUACGCAGCUCUGGCUCAUCACGCAGUACCACGAACAUGGCUCCCUCUAUGACUAUCUCAAUGUCAAUAUUCUUGACCACGAGCGGAUGCUGAUGCUCGCACAUUCAGCGGCCGCUGGGCUUGUCCAUUUGCACAUGGAGAUUCGCGGUAAAGAAGGAAAAGCAGCCAUCGCCCAUCGCGAUCUUAAGUCCAAAAAUAUUCUUGUUCGGAAAAACCACACAUGUUGUAUUGGUGAUUUGGGUCUAGCUGUCAUCCUUAGCCCAGAGUCAAAUACUAUUGACAUGGGAUCGAACAAUAAAGUUGGAACAAAACGUUACAUGGCGCCAGAACUUCUAGACGAAACACUAGACCCAACAAACUUUGAUGCAUUUAAAAUGGUGGAUGUGUAUGCAUUUGGGCUGUGCUUAUGGGAAAUAGCGAGGAGGUGUAUGAUUGGCGGUAUUGCAGAAGAUUACAAAAUACCUUUUUGGGAUGUCGUUCCAAGUGACCCUUCUUUUGAAGACAUGAAGAAAAUUGUUGUGACAGAUCGACAGAGACCUAGCAUACCCAAUCGAUGGUCUUCAGAUCCAAUUCUUCAGCAGAUGUCCAAGCUAAUCCGUGAAUGUUGGAAGCCACACCCAGCUGCAAGGCUCACGGCUCUCCGCAUCAAAAAGACGCUCCAGAAAAUGAUAACGCACCUAGAGUUUGAUGAAAAGAAAGUCUGA